AUGAAGUUCUGUUCAAUCGCAGUGUUUGGGCUCCUCAGUCUAGCUGGCGAUGCUUUGGCUCAGAAGACCAUCAAGGUUAUGCCGUUUGGUGCCUCGAUUGUCACGCGAUGCUGGCGCACCAAUCUUCACGCAAAGCUCAAGAGUGCCGGUAUAACCAACAUCGACAUGGUCGGUUCCCAGAAAGGAUCGGCCGACUGUCUUACCCAAUUUCCCGGAACGGACAAUGACCAUGAAGGUCACCCUGGUUCAUUAGCUACCGACUACGCAGCAAAGGGCAACCUCACCACAUGGUUGAACCAACAACCAGAAAUCGAUGUCGUCCUCAUGUUCCUUGGACACAACGACAUCAUCCUCGGACAUAAGCCGUUCGACCAGAUUUUCGCAGCAUACGACACAUUGAUCGCGCAGAUGAGGAAAAAGAACCCGAAGAUGCAAAUUGUAUGGUCGAACUUGACACCCAUUGAUCCUAAGCGAUGGGACUCUACCAGCAGUCCCAACAAUUCCAAAGACGUUGCCGCUCUCUCCGCUAGAAUCAAGAGCUAUGCCCCCACUAAAUCAACCGCCGAUUCCCCGGUCCGUUUCGUUGACAAUUUCGAUGGCUACGACCCAGUGAAGGAUACCGAGGAUGGUGAACACCCCAACCAAGGUGGCAACGAGAAAAUGGCGACCAAGUUUCUUGCCGCAACUACGGAUGCCAUCAAAGCAGUAAUAACGCCCAAGACAAACAAGAUGCGAAACACCAUUAUUGGAACGGAUUUCGUCAAUGUCCUCCAAAACUUUCUGAGUGAAGGCAAAAAGGACUAG